GCCGCAUCCGUAGCGGCCCGUGAAGGCGGCCCGGCGACCGGCAGCACCGCCCAGGGGCGCUGCGGCCCAUCCCUUCUCCCUCCCUCCCUCCCUGCCAGAGCCAUGGCGGCGGAGGCGGUUGGCGCGGCGACGGCCGGGGGGUGAGGCUGAGGCGGCUGAGGAGGCGGCGGCUGAGGAGGCGGCUGCGGGGCAGGAGGGCGGAGGGGGAAGAGGAUGCGGGAGUACAAGGUGGUGGUGCUGGGCUCGGGCGGGGUGGGCAAGUCGGCGCUCACCGUGCAGUUCGUCACCGGCACCUUCAUCGAGAAGUACGACCCCACCAUCGAGGACUUCUACCGCAAGGAGAUCGAGGUGGACGCCUCGCCCUCCGUCCUCGAGAUCCUCGACACCGCCGGCACCGAGCAGUUCGCCUCCAUGCGGGACCUCUACAUCAAGAACGGGCAGGGCUUCAUCCUCGUCUACAGCCUCGUCAACCAGCAGAGCUUCCAGGACAUCCGCCCCAUGCGCGACCAGAUCAUCCGCGUCAAGAGGUAUGAGAAGGUCCCUGUGAUCUUGGUUGGGAAUAAAGUGGACCUGGAGAGCGAGAGGGAAGUAUCGUCCAGCGAAGGCAGAGCUCUGGCUGAAGAAUGGGGCUGUCCAUUUAUGGAGACUUCCGCAAAAAGUAAAACAAUGGUGGAUGAGCUGUUUGCAGAAAUCGUCAGACAGAUGAACUAUGCGUCGCAGCCGGAUAAAGAUGACCCGUGUUGUUCUGCAUGUAAUAUACAAUAGCGUUACGAAUGACGGAGUCGGACCUUCAUUUGCUGUAUUUUUGGUAAAGUAACAGAACUGACUGCUUCACUUUGUGAUUUAAGUUGGGUCCCUCGGGAUAAAUCCAAAGCGGAGCAGCAGCAUUAACUCCAAGCAGAACGCUGACGUUGAUGGGGGUGAGCUUCUGCAGGUCACUUACCUGAAGCACACUUUCUACACCUGCAACUCUGUAGCACGGCCAGCAGCUUUACAGAGUCAGCACGAGCGAUGCUUGUUGGCCUGGGCAAGCGACAGCAGUCAACAACUUUCAGCCAAGAGUUCUUGAUGGCGGUGAAAAGGAGAGCGCCAGCAAAGACACCUUUGCCCUCUGCGUAUCCUCUGGUGACAAAAUAAAAUCGAACGGAACUUUUAAGUGUCUGCAUAUUGAAUUUCAGGACUUGUCACUUGUGGCCAAGUUUACUCAGUCAAAUAUGCUAAGUUCAUCUUUCCCCUUGACCACAAGUGUUAGUAGCGUUCUUGGAAAAUAGGUGUAAUUCUGUUUCUUCUUCCUCCCCACCCUCCCACCCCCUUAAUUUGAUUCUGUUCUAUUAUCCCAUCAUGCGAAAAGGAAAAUAUUCCAUCAGUACUUGAAAGUAAAGAGAGGAGCUCUGGAAAAAAAAAAUCAACGGCUUGCGAAGAGAACAGUGAGACGUCGGAAUGUGUUAGAUAUUCUGCUUUGCUGCUCGGAAACGGCAUGGGUCACUUCGAUGCCGUUCGGUCAAGAAACCAAACAAACCCUCCAUUUACGAAACAGGAAAUGUGUUCAUCUCUUUCCUGAACCAGGAGGGAAGGAACUAUGUUGGGGGGGAGGGGGAAUAUCGCUUAGCCUUACUGACGAGGAAAAUGUUAGCACAUUAACAAAUACCAUCUUGUAAGGAAAAUGAAGCCAUGUUGUAUCCAGAUGUUCCUUUUUUGCAAAAACCUCACAGGGACAGUCUGAGCAUCUUGUUUUGUUUUUGUUUUUUUUGUUUUUAAGUUUGAAGGGUAACGGUUUGUUUCUUGCCUUUAAGGGCUACAUCUUUGGUGUGAUACCCCAAUUAACCUUUGAAAGUCCAAUUUGCCAUUUUAUAGCUUUAACGUUGGCAACCUGGUUAAUUGAAUUAACUGUGUUGAAGUUACUUUGGCUCAGAAGCUGAAUACACAGUGUUGUAGUUCCACAGGUGAGGGAGGGAGAAGAUUGGUGUCUUCCCUCACCCUUUCCAGUUGCCUAACAUGCUAGUGAGAUGCUGCCAUACAGUGGUCCUGUUGCCCUGGUUAUUGCCGUGAGUGAAAACAUUGUUUUGAAAUGGUGCUCAGCCUCUGAUCUUAACUUUCAUAGCAGUGAAAUACUUACCAUUUGCAUGACUUUUAACAGCACCGGUUAUAUCUAUUCUGAUGUCUUACAAUCAAGGAAGUUUCCAAUCAGAAUGUCUAGGGUUGAAAUGCUGGAGUCGAUCGUAUAGAGACGGACCUUUACGGAAACAUUUGGCCUUUAAAUGCAAUACCUUUGAGCCUGCGGUCCCAAUGGCGCCCUGGAGUUUGGCUUCUCAGUCUUGUGAAAAUAGUUAUGUAAUUCCUUUGUGUCGAUGAGUGGAGAGGUGUGUGUGUAUCUCAUGUGCCUGUUGGUGGGACUGGAUGUGCGUGUGACUUUCUACAAAUGCUGUAAUGAAGUUGAGUUCUGAGGCGUUUGCCUCCGUCGGCAGAAAUACUCCUUGCAAUCUAAAGCGCAUCUAAAGAAACCGCAUUUGAAAAAAAAAUGCGUGUUUGAACUUUGACAACACUUGGCCACUUUAUUUCUUGUGCAACAGAACAUGUUUUAAGUUCACGGUUUAAAGAUGGCGGAUGAGUAGAGGCCACUGUUGCCUUAGUCCUUGCAUGUUUUCCCAUAAUCAAGGAAACGAGUGUAACGUGAAAUACGAUGUCCUACUCUGGAAAUGUAGCUCCUCCUUGACCAGCUUGCACAGCCUUUGAAGUUGUGGCACCUGCUGUCAACAACUUGCAUGUAUCGAGGGGGGGAAAAGAAUUGUCACAAGUUCAACAAUACCUAAAAUGUUUUAGGAAGGAAUGUCACUGCAGAAGUAGCUGUGUCUCUUAGGAAAAUAACUGGCUGCAGAAUUGAAAUAACUUGCUCUCUCCUGCCCCACAGCACGCCAUUAUUUUUGAAUAUCGAUCUGAAUGAUUCCAAAAAAAGUAGUCCCCGUCUCUUGCAUGGCAGAUGGUUUACACACCCGUAACCAUGACACGGAUAACAUGAUUGAAGGGAAAUAAAUAGCAUUAAUGAUGAAAAUAGGACCGGAAGUCAUUGCAAUGCCAUAUUCUGAACAAGAAAGCAAAAUACUUCCUAGAUCAUGCUUACUAUGAUUUUGGAGACAAAGCACUGUGUGUUCUUGCAAAAGUGUAAUGGUUUUAUGUGACAUGUCAUUCUAAGGAGGUAGUCUGUGUGCAGUUUGGAUUCUGCAAACAUUACUAGUGGGACGGUGAAAAGUGUGUUGGCUGAAUUUUUUUUAAUCAGCAAAAGGGACAGUCCAGCUGCAGUCUAAUCACAUUUCUCCCUACCCCCGAAAAAGAAAUUGCAUUUACCUCCGUGUAAUGUGUUUAGGCCAGCAAAGGGAUCAGUGGGGAAAAACAGGCGUUGACCAGUUGUCUAGUGCCAAUUUCAGAGGUGCCACAGCUCCUGUGGUUGAUUCCUCCCCCCCCUUCACGCUAGCGGUGGCAGCGGCUUAUCUUGCGGCAGUGGCUCUGUUGCGUUAGAAGUUUUCUGUUGACCGGAGGUAGCUUUCAAGAAACGAAGCAGGCAGUGGCCUGCUCUUAAGCCAGCCUCUUGGCAACCCUAGCUCUGUGCCACUAGGAACGUGGGGGUGCACCCUGUCGUGUUCAUAAUAAGCCACGGCAAUGCUUUCACACUGUGUGCAAGAGGAGCCCGCUGGCAUCCCCUGACACCAUCACAUGUCCCCGGAGUUACUUAUCAAGGAUCAGUGCAUUAUUUUAUAUCCUGAUCAGAUUCCAAUGAUAGUAUUUUCGUUUUGGUAUGACACGCCUUAAAAUAUUAUCAUUUGAUCCAAAGACCCACUUAAUUCUUUAGCUGCUCUCAUCGAGCUCUGUAUUUUUCUGCAGAUGGCUUUUUUUUUUUUUUUUACGUUUAUGUUGUAAAAUGUCGCAGCUCCCUCUGGAAAUGUGUUAAUUUCCCUUUUUCCUUUUCACGGGAGUUAAUCAAGCCAUCAUCAACUGUAGAAGCUUUCAAGGUAAGGAUUUUUUGUUAAAAAAAAUUCUUCCUGUACCAAGAGCAGCUUUUUAGAGACUUCCUCUUCAUGGCAGGAUCAAGAAUACCUUCACUCCUCUUCAUACACUCCAUUUCUAAAGAUGCCAUUAACUUCCUGUGGGCAAACUUCCUGGUAUUUGCAUCUUUUUUUUUUUUAAAGAUACAAGCAUCCUCUGUUCAAGUUGCAUAGAUGCAGGGGUGGAAUUCUAGCAGGAGCUCCUUUGCAUAUUAGGCCACACACCCCUGAUGUAGCCAAUCUUCAAAGAGCUUACAAAAAAAUAGCCUUGUAAACUCUUGGAGGAUUGGCUACAUCAGAGGGUGUGUGGCCUAAUGUGCAAAGGAGCUCCUGCUAGAAUUCCACCUCCUGAUGUAUGGUCUUUCCUCAGCACGUGCUCAAAGCACCAGCCAGAUGGCAAUGGCAAAACUCUUGACGAUGUAGUACAUUUGGCAGUUUUCAUGUGCACAUUCCCCUCUUGUCAGUCCUCGAUCAGGGUUUCAAAUGAUUGCAGUGUGGUUUUUGAGACUAGACUUAACCCGUUAAUUUGAGAUUUCCUAAGAGUGGAAUAAAAGAUAUUUAACAGUUGAUUGUUGAGCUCGAUUGCAACUGAUAACGGGGAAAAAAAAACUGCAGCAAGUUUUAUAAGGGGUCAGUUGUUUAAAAUCAUGAUGUUUCGAAAAGAAAAUCAAAUUGUACAUAGAACUCAAUGCAAACUCAGCAGUUGUAUUUGGAGUUAAAUUAUUUUAACAAAUAAAUUUAUUUAAUGAAAA